AGAACUGUACUACGUAUGCACAAGUGUUUGCUAGAGGUUAUAUAAUAUAUGACUCUUUUGCAAAAGAUUUUGAUUUAAAUAAUUGUAUUAACAUCCAUUCUUAAUGCUGAUAUUGGAAUUUUAUGUUUUUGCUAGUUAUCUCUCAUUUUAAUAGUUUUAGAAAAAUAUUUUGACCGUAACGUGGAAUUAACAUGGCAACAUCUGAAAGCGAUGAUUUUGAAAGUGCUGACGAAGAAAUGAACCAUGACAUAUCUGCAAGAAGAAGUAAUCAAACACGAAUAUGGUCUUCACCGACAACGAUAGGUUCGGAAUCUGAUGACGAUACGGAAUUUAUACCUCGUACACCAUACAAUUAUCAAAAUAUGGUGUACAGUGAAAAAAGUAAAAAGUGUUCAUCAAAGACUGACUCGACGGCAAGUAAAAACACGCCUGAUAAAGUCUCAUUUAAAGAUAAUGAAGAUGACAGCGGUAAGAAUGCAUCGAAUGACGGGAAAGGAGAACAAUUGGAAAAUAAUGUAAAGAAAACUGACGACGAGCUUACAGAUUCCAAUCUACAAACAGAGGAAUCUGUUGAAAAAACAAUAGAUUCGAGCACUAUGAUUUCGACAAUUAAAGAAAAUGAUCAAGGGGAUAGUUUGGACGAAAUUUCUGCAUGCGAUAAUACUAUAAAUAAUUUUCAAAUUAGCGCAAAUACUGUAACAACAAAUAUUCUUACGGAAAACAUAAUAGCUGAAGACAAGGAAGAUUCAUCCACAGUAUCUCUGGCACAAGACGAAUUAUCUGAAUUAGAAAUGCCAGAAGAAAUGAAAUCGGACAAAAAGUUUAAAGAAGUGUUCAAACCCGAGGGUUGGGAAGGACUUGGAAGUGAAAUUGAAUUACCCGAGGAAUUAACUGAAGAAAAAUUGCAACCGAUAUUAAAGAAAUUGUCGUUAGCUGGACAAGAAAUGCCAACUUCGUCUAGUGGAUGGGGUUGGGAUAACUGGGCUGUAAGUUCAUUAAUAAAUACGGCAACAGUUGGAGUUUCUGCGAUAACCAGUCAUGUAUCGCAAGGACUCACACUUUUGGAAGAAACUAUUGCUAUAACAGAAGAACCUAAUAUGGAUGAAACAAAUGACAAGGAAGAUUCUGCAGUAGACGAUCAUACAAUAGAAGAACAAUCUCAACUAUAUCCUUCUUUUGGUUUUGGGAACCUCUUAUCAGGUGUUUCUUCAAUAACAAAAUUGGUUGAAUCAACUGGAAGUAAAGUUAUGUCCGGUGGAUUAGGCACAUUAGAAGCCAUUGGUAAAAAGACAAUGGAGGUAUUGCAAGAAGGUGAUCCAGGCUUGAAGAAAAAAAGAGCCAUUUUUAUAAGUGAUGCAAACAAACCAAACUUGUCACAAAUCCUUCGAGAAGCUAAAGAAAAAGCAGAUACAAUUGAAAAAACAAUAGAAGAGAAACAAAAAAUGCGAAAAGUACAUUUCGAAAGCCUAUUUGAUGAUUAUCAUGGUCUUGUUCAUUUAGAAGCACUUGAAAUGUUAUCGAAACAAAGUAAUAUUAAAAUACAACAGCAUUUGUUAGGCUUAAAUAGUACUGAAUUAACUUCUAUCCAAGAGACAUUAGAAGAUGUUCAAGAAUUAUGCAAUAUAGGUGAAGAUGAUGAUGAUUGUGAAAAAGAAAAUCUAAUAAAUAAUUUAAAAUUCAGACUGCAAGAAAUAUCUAAUGAUCUUGGAGUUAAUAUCACGUAUGAAAAAUUACAUAAUGUAUGCGAGGAAUCUGAAGCCUAUCUUGUAUCGCUUCAAGCACAUACCGAAGAAGAAAUAUUUGAAAAAUCAGUUUCUAUUUUGGCACAGUUCACAGCUUUUUCUGUUGAAAGGUUUCAUAAAACUGCAGAAUUACUUUUAAUCAAGGAACACAGAAGUACAGUUAACGAAGCUGAUGCACUAGUUCAAUUGACACGUAUUCUUUCUACUCAGAUUGGAAUAUUAGCCAAUACCUAUUGUAACUUCUUGCAUACAUUAUCUAAAAUUAAGGAAACACCAGAUAGUAUUGAGACUAAUAUAACAACAAUUUUUAUGGAGGCUUCAAAUGCAAGUUCAUAUAUUCAAGAUGCUUUCAAACUGUUAAUUCCCAUAGUACAAGUUGGUGCAAUUUAAUAAUUACGGAAGACACUUUUUAAUAACAUUACAAAAAAAGAGACAAGUUUUUUUUACUAAUUUUUCACAUUACUUUUUUACGAUUCGUUUGCUACAGGGACCAAAUAAAAGAGAUUUGUACAUAAGUAUAACACAUACCACUGUACAUAUUCGUAGUGGUCGCAUUUUUAGUUAGACGCAAACUUAUUUUAGCACAGAAAAUUUCAAUAAUAAAAUAAUCUUAUCUUAUGCAUAUAUUGAAAUUAUAAGAUACUUGAGGUGCAUACAUUAGAUGGUUACAUCUUGCAUAUGUAUUAUAUAUAAAAAAAUGUUUUUGGAUAUAA